AUGUCAAUCUGGAGCCUAGCCUUGGUCAGUGUUGACCGCUACAUCGCCAUCUUGUAUCCAUUACGCUACAUGGCCCUGAUGACGGAGAAAAGAACAUGUGGUAUUAUAUGCGCUCUGUGGCUCCUAGACAUUAUCCUAUAUACUUCUCCCAUGAUGGCCAGUCCGGGAUUUCUGUACUACCAGUACUCUCCGAAAGAGGCCAUUUGUGGGUUGUACUGGGGAUUUAGGGCUUUCUGUUACUUCACCGCGGGUUGUGUGCCUGUGCUGUCUGGGACAGUUAUCGUCUUCACCAACUUCAGGGUGUUCCAGUCCGUUCUUCGCCUGAGGAGGGCCGUUAACGCGUUGCCUUCCCAAAACCCGCCAGCGACUAACCAACCGGCUGUCACCUCCACUAAGAGCUUCAAAGCCGUCAAAGUUCUCUUGCUGACGUCGGUAACUUAUUUCCUCAUGUGGGGUCCUUACGUAGUAGUCAACGUCUUCAUGAUGCCUUUUUACCCAGAAUUAGCCUUCUCAAGUGGACUUCUCUUUUCAGUGAUGUGGCUUGCCAACAGCAAUAGUUUCAUAAAUGUCGUCAUAUACUCUUGCUUCUAUCGUGGUUUCCGGUCCAGGGCCUGGCGGUUGAUUGUGACGUGUUGUGGCAUGCGGUCAGAAAGGAGAGUGGCAUCAACUCAACGACCUGAAAGUAUGGACAUAGACACUUUAACAUAA